AUGUGGAAUAUUUGGAAGUACAAAUGUACAAUUGUGUUUGAUAAAGUCCAGGUAAACCUUCAGAACAUCAUUGCUUUGGUGCAAAAGAACAUUGUUGAAUGGGAAUCUUUCAUUGAUACUUCAACAAUCCAAAGAUCACAUAUAGUGAAAACUCCAGAAUGCUGGAAAUGCCCACAAAGUGGUUGGAAGAAAAUAAAUGCAUAUGCAUCUUUUGAUAAAAAUGCAAACAAUAAUAUUGCUGGCAUUGGACUGAUGUUAAGAAACUGUGUAGGUACACUUGAAGCUGCCAAAGGGAGCACAGUAGCUGCCAUGGAUGAAGAACAGGCUGAAGCUUUAGCAUGUCUUGAAGCAGUGGAAUGGGCAAUAGCUAAAGAAAUUCAACAGCUACACCUGGAGUAUGAUAAUAUUAAUAUUGUGUCUGCCAUUAAUGGCUCUUUAAGUAGUAUCAGUUGGACUAGUAGUAAUGUUGUCCAAGACUGUCUAGUUAGAUUAAAUUCUAUUAAUAAGUGGGUAUGUACCUCUGUUAAGAGAUCUGCAAACUCAUGUGCAGAUACUCUAGCUAAAAAUGCUAGAUUGCAUUCUAAAAUUGGGGAAUGGUCUGUUGCUCCAAUGUUUAUGUUAGAGGACUUGGAUAAAGACGCAAAUGCUGUAACUGUUUAA